AUGGAUCCUCCAAAACGGCCUCACGAUGCCUACAUCAACCAUUACAACCAAGGUGGGGUUGUAUAUCCGGACUUGUCUUGGGUAGACCAAACGAACUUGGUGGCAGACAACGCGUCAAAACCUAGCGGGCUUGAAGGAGAUAGCUAUGCGGUUCCCACGGGGGGCAUGGGCACAUUAGAAUACCCGAAGUUUCAAAUAUCAAAUGACGAUUUUUCAUGGAUUGACAAGCAAGUUGCAGCCUUCAAUGAGAGUGGCGGGGAUGGGUAUAGUCAGAAUUCUCUUUCAUUGGUCGAUUUCGGCUUCCCUGGUCCUUCUGAUCUUAACAAUUUUCAAAGCUACUACGCGAGGCGGCUUCAACCACCGAUAGAGAUGGCACCCAGAGAAACUCCAAGAGAUACCGUGAUGAGGGACUUUGACGAUAGAAAUGGCAAUGUGGCAGACCCCACAGCACAGGGUAUUCUACCGGGAAUGGAAUAUCCGAAAAUUAAGAAUACUCGCAACGCACCGAGUCUCCUUCCAGCCAUGUUUCAGAGGGAUCAGGUGCAGAGGGGACAUAGAUCACCCCGGAGUAUCAUGCGUGAACAGACAUUUGCCUUUGUUGCAAACCCGGCGAUCUUCUUUCAAGAGCCAACAGAAGAACACCAGCUACCCGUCAACAAAAAAAUUACCAUUGACGCUUUGCCGCUUGAAAUUCUGGAUAAAAUAUUCAAGAAACUUGAUGGUGCAUCCCAGGUCGCCUUGGCACUGACAGCAAAAUCCCUCGGUCAAGCCCUCCUUUGCGCCAAUCAUGAAGGAACGAUUUUCUACAGCGGCAUUGAGAGAGAGCAGCUUUUGUGUUGGCGCCUUGCCCCCAACUUCCCAGCGAGUUUCAAGUUGUGCUAUGUUUGUAUGAAGUACUAUCCGAUAAAUCCGCGAUGGUGGGCCAGGAGAAAGGCCUGUGGAAUGGCAAAAACCUGUAGCCCAAUCUACGGGAGACACCAUUCGGAUUUUGAGUUUAAGAAUGUGGCUUGCCCAGAAUGCACGGCGGAAGGAAAAUGGUCCAAUGUCACCCAGGCGCAUAACGCCUUGCAGCGCGCACUCUUCUCAUAG